AUGUUUUUGACUCGAUCAAAAACGAGUUCUGCAAUAAAUGAAGAGCAACAUGUAGAUACCAACACAUACCCCACCAUUCCUCUUGAUAUGCUCGCAACUAUUGAAAACGCUGUGCCUGACAUGGAUUCAGCUUUAAGCCAGAUUUUACCUGAUCAUGCUAAGCAUUUAAUGCUCAAUAUGAUUUCUACCUGGAUUAUUUCCUCUCGCAUUACACUGAAUAAUAACAUUGCCACUGACAACAAGCUGCAAUACCGAUCAAACAGUAAUAAAACUACACUUCGUUCUUGGGCCACUCGUUCAUUCUCAUUGAAACCAAAACCAAUAGUAGCACCUAUGCAACUACCCGAAAUUCCCGAUAAGAUCCAAGAGCAACAGGCACCGUCUUCAUCACCACCUUCCUUGGCAAAUUCCUCAAAAUCCACGCUUUCCAGUUAUGAAGAGGAAGACGAUGAUUCCUUGUAUACACCAAGGAUCGACCAUGCGGCAGGCGCUCCAACAUCUGCUACUGCCUCCAAGCAUCCAUGCUCUCAGUUACCAGUGUCGCUCAAAAGUAUGAUCGACCUACUAGAUACCCCACCUUUAAUACCAGAUACCAGCACCUUAUCUUUGAUUGAAGAGUCGCUAACACCUUUGACAUCUGCCUUCUUUGAGGGCCAAGACCAUUUAGCGACAAGCCCGUCUUCAGCUGUUGUUGGCGAGAGCAACAACACAAUUGAAACGGCAUCCGACAUUCGCCACAGUAACAGCAUUGUUGCGACGUUUGCAUCCUCUAAAGACGCCAAGUCAAUUGGAAGCAGUAUUUCGACUAUAUUCACUCAACUGGGUAACUCUGUGAAGAAGGCUUUCAAAAAGAAAGCACAAUCAUCGUCCAUCAGUCAGCUCAAAAAGACAUUUUCUGUCCAGCAUCAUUUGUCUCUGAACAGGGAAGGAAACUCAUCAUUUACACCAUCCAAGGAGAAAGCAGUACGUCGCUCAUUCUCAUCACUGGCUUCAGCAACGUUGGAUCAGAAUAAUCAGGCAAAAGAAUCGGCUUCCAUUUCAUCGCCUUUUGUGAAAAAAGAGCAUGUAUUUAACAGCAACAAUAGUGAAGCAGCAAACAGUUUGACAACCAUCAGCUCUCGCAAUACUGACGACAUUCAGUUCAUGCCAUCGCAUGAAAGUUUCAAUCGUGCUAUCAACUCGUCGUACUGGGAUGGCGAUUCAACGCAAUCACAGCAAUUCGAUAAGCUGUUGGACGACAUCUGGGAAAGAUCGCAAGAAUAUCGAGAUUACUUUGCUACUCAGGAAAACGAACUGCUAUCAAAAAGAGCAUCAAAGCAAACAUAUGCGUGUCUUGACUACAAACACGAAGUAUGGUCGCCUUCCAUGGACGAUACUAUGAAGGGGUCAACAGCUGUUGUGCGUGCAAGCCAAACUGAGGGCAACAUGAACAGUAUUCAAGAGAGCAUUCCCUAUGUGUGUGUGGGUAGACAACAGGCAAACCAACGAACCAGUCAUAUUCCUAGACCAGUCAAUAAGAAAUUGCUGUUGGACAUUGAAGAUGUCAAGACGUACAAAAAGUCGACCUCUGUGUACUCCAGUAUCAAGGAUUACGAUAUAGAAUGGCAGCGAUCGUUCCAUGAAGAGCAAAAGAGCAGGGAUAAAGUAGCCAACACAUUAAAGAGUGUUUCGUGGGCUUUUUACUGCAUCAUCAAACGAAAUCAUACUCUGCAUGAAUUUGAAUGUGAUGUGAUUUUCGAUGAAAAUGAAUCCAAUAUGGAGGAUUUCGAACCCUACAGCCAAGAUGAACCUUUGACAGAGUGGAACGACGUGUAUGAUCAACUGGCCUAUGUAUUUGAUUGUGGCGAGCUGACGGCCGAGCAUGCCAUCAUCACUCUGAUCUACGUGAAACGAAUGUUGGAACUAUCAAAUCAAAGAUUGUGGGAUUUCAGCUGGAGAAUGAUCAUCAUGUCAGCACUACUGACCGCUGUUAAAGUGUGGGAUGAUUGCGCUAUUUUCAAUGCUGAUUUUGCCAUGAUCUUUCCUGAAUUGAGCUUGGACGUCAUUAACAAUAUUGAGCGCGUAUUUCUGACGUAUUUGCAAUGGGAUGUGUCUGUCAGUUGCUCUGAAUUCGCAAAGACAUACUUUCAUCUUCGCGACAUUGAGCACAUGAUGGAGCAGUGGUAG